AUGAACAUAAUCACGAAUACGCUAAAGAGAAGCCGUCACAUCGCCCGGUCCAACCCGCUAUCCAACCAGGCCAGCCGGAGAUGCAUAUCGAUAAAGGAUCUAGACGCUUCAAAAGGAGGCAAGAAAGCUUACCGGGAGCGAGUUGUCAUAUUAGGAUCCGGAUGGGCGGGAUUCGUCCUGUCACGAGAGCUAGAUAAAAAUAAAUUCCAAACUGUGGUUGUAUCACCAACAUCAUACUUUGCAUUCACUCCUCUGCUUGCAUCUACAGCCGUUGGCACUCUGGAGUUUCGGACAACCCUCGAAUCCGUUCGGGGCCGAAGCACAAGUGUUGAGUUUUUCCAAGGUUGGGCGGACGAUGUGAACUUCAAUAAGAAGAAGUUAUUUGUUGAAGAGGGAGCUCAGAGACGUAAACCGUCCUCGAGAAGUAGUGGCGAUAGCACUAAUGUUGAGGAUCCAUCCAAGCCAUCUUUAGAGAAAGGCCAGGUAUUCGACCUCCAGUACGAUAAGCUCGUCGUUGCUGUGGGCUGUUACAGCCAGACCUUUAGCACUCCGGGGGUUAGAGAGAAUGCAUUCUUUCUCAAAGACGUUACGGAUGCUAUUAGGAUUAGGAGGCGGAUUCUCGAGUGCUUCGAAAUUGCAGCACUACCAACGACUUCCGACAAGUUACGGGACCAGCUGCUAAGCUUUGCCAUCGUAGGCGGCGGUCCAACUGGAGUCGAGUUUGCAGCCGAGCUCUUCGAUCUCUGUCAUCAAGAUCUCAAAAAACUCUAUCCAAGCUUAAUCCAGCAUGUUACUAUCACUAUCUAUGAUGUAGCACCAAAAAUUCUCCCAAUGUUCGAUAGCAAGCUCGCCGAUUACGCCGUCGAGCUUUUCAGGCGCGACGGAAUCAAGAUCAAAACUGAAUAUCACAUCCAGGGGCUCCGGCCGGGACUACCAGGCUUCUCGUCAUCCAGAGAUGGUGGAUGCUAUACACUUAAAACGAAACAAGACGGCGAAACCGGAAUAGGUAUGUGCGUCUGGUCGACAGGCCUGAUGAUGAACCCCUUUAUCCAACAUGCACUCGAUGACGUACACACCUAUCCUGCUGCUUCUGCCACGCUCUCUCAGCCCCUCUCGUCCCCUCCAGAGUCAAUGAAAUGGUAUUUGAAGCGCCACCCUAAGACAGGCGGCCUAGUAGUCGACGAUCACUUUCGGGUUAAGCUGACCCCGCGAAACAACACAUCCCCCAAGGAGAGCUCCAAGCCACCCGAAGCAACCAUGAACGACAUCUUCGCCCUUGGCGACGUCUCCGCGUUUGAAAAGGCACAGCUACCAGCAACGGCCCAAGUUGCUAGCCAAGAAGCAAAAUGGCUGGCGAAGACGCUGAACAAGGGAAAUAUGAAUACCGAGGGAUUCGACUUCAAAAAUAUGGGUGUGCUUACAUAUCUAGGAAACAUGAGAGCAAUCAUGCAGGGGGAGCAUGGAACGGAGCUUAAAGGGUGA